GGUGUAUCAUCAAUCACAGUAUGCGGGUGUAUUGAGGUUUUUCUCUAUGGAAUAACUCCUCAGCAUCCACCGGACAUGCCAACCAAAAUCCUGCUAGCUCUGCCUAUAAAAUAUAGCUAUUGAGAUGGCAAUUCCAUACCAUCGAAACCCACAAAAGAGAAGUCAUUUCCAAGAGCAAGAAACCAUGAAAUCCAAUGUUUUAAACAUUCAUGUUUUGGUAGCAUCCCUUCUUGUAAUUCUGUCCAAAGCCCAAGAUUUUGAUUUCUUCUACUUCGUUCAACAAUGGCCCGGAUCCUACUGCGACACCAAGCGAAGUUGUUGCUACCCCACAACUGGAAAGCCCGCGGCAGAUUUCAGCAUUCAUGGGCUUUGGCCAAAUUACAAUGACGGAUCAUACCCAUCCAAUUGCGACUCUGAGAGCCAUUUUGAUCCAUCAGAGAUCAAGGAUCUGACUGGUAAGAUGCAAACGGACUGGCCAACUCUUGCUUGUCCAAGUAGCAAUGGCAUCAAGUUCUGGUCACACGAGUGGCAGAAGCAUGGCACGUGCUCCGAGUCCGUCCUUAACCAACACGGAUACUUCCAGGCAGCACUCAACCUCAAAAAACAAGCAAAUCUCCUCCAAAUACUGAUGGAUGCAGGGAUUGAACCAGACAAUCGAUUUUACAAUCUAAACAGCGUAAGCACGGCUAUAAGAGAAGCGACAGGUUACACACCAGGGAUAGAGUGCAAUGUGGAUGAAGAUGGUAACCGUCAGUUGUUUCAGAUCUAUAUGUGUGUUGACACUUCCGGAUCGAAAUUCAUCCAGUGCCCUGUUCUGCCAAGGAGUAGGUGUUCUUCACAAAAGAUCCAGUUCCCUUCUUUUCAAGGUGAAGAAGAAAGAUCAGAUGGAGAACUCUGAUGGUUUUCAUUUAACGUUGUUUUCUUAUUUCUCUCUUCUGAAAUUGAGAGAAAUCAUUGGUGGUGCUACUAAUAAAAAUUGAAUUGAAAUGCACCUAAUGUAACAUUCAUGCGACUAUAUUCUCUCCAAUUUCUAAUAACAUCUACUUAGUUUAAAGGGC